GUGUUCAAGGUAGAGUUAGCAGAGAAGAAUAUUGGUACAAGCACUAUGAUGUUUGCUGCUAAUGAUAUUACAGAUCUGGUGGAGCCUCCUGCAUUUAGAUCAGACAUGAACGGUGGUGCUAGUGGUGUCAGUCCCCCUCAGUUAGAGUUGGAGAAUGAAGAGCUGAGACAGGAGAAUAUGAGAUUGCAGGUGCUAUUACGAGAAAAAGAGGAUGAAGUCUUAAGAAUAAGAAAGGAAGCCCAAGGAGCCAUACAGGAACAGCGAGAGUUACGCAGCAAGGUGCAUUUAGCAGCCAAGGCGCAGAAAGUAGCCAGAGAUAUGGAACAUGAUUAUGAAGAGGUUGUGAGGCUACUGGAGGGAGAAAUAGCCCAGCUCAAAGUACAGCUGGGUAGGCAGUCUGAUGUUGAUCCUAUCAUGCAGAGAAGACUGGCUGUACUCACCUGUCAGCUGAGGAAAGCUGAAUCUGAGAAAGAAACAUUUAAAGUAGCUACAGAAAAGCUCUUACAGUUUGCUGAGGGUGUACAUGAGAUGUUCAGUGAAAAUGGAGCAGCAUCCAGGCCACUAGCUGGAACAAAAACUACAGGCGUAUUAGGAAAACAUAAGAGAAGCACAAAAAGUGUGAAGACGGUGGCCGGCGAGGCGAAAGAUAUCGUGAAAUCUGUUAGAUCACUUAUAGAUACUCAACCUUUACCGUUUGGUUGGGAAGAGACGUACACCACAGAUGGCAUGAGAUACUACAUCAACCAUUUAAAUCAAGUGACAACAUGGACACACCCACUAUCAAAUGUGACACACCUUCCUUCAGUACAGGAUGAUAAGAAGUCUAAAGGUGAUGAACCCAAACCUUCAGGGUCAGAGAGCUGAUCCAUUCCAUUUGAAGGGGCAGACAGAAGUGGGUGGGGGAGCAGCUAGGACAUUAUUUGAUUCUGAAUGCUUUAAUUUUGAGACGUGCCAGCUAUUGCAUUUAGAAUUAUUGUUGCAUGCUUUUAAUAGUGUUAGUGAUUGCAACAAGUUUUUAAAUCAUUUAUUUUUGUGAAAGACAAAGUUUCUUCAUGUUUUCAAAACUUGAUAUGAAAUCCUAAAGUAUAUUUCCAUUCAUUAUAUGUUUAAAGUUUGAAAUCCAGGAAAUUAUUUCCUAUCAGAAGAUCUAUUCUGGCCAAAACCAAGAAAUGUUAUGCUGAAUAGAUUAUGAUCAUAGUGGACCUGUAGAACAACUGAAAAUGUUUGUUUGAUAAUGUAUUUGUUGAUAUGUGUUCUACAAUAACUGCAUGGCAGGAAUGCACUACUUUCCUUAUCUGUUGUGGUUUAAAAAACAAAUUUUUUACCAACAGGUUUAAAUGCUUUGUGUUUUUUCAACAUUUUAUUCUGUUUUAAACGACAUGGAAAUGCCUGUUUCUGCACAAACAUCAGCAAGUAUGGAAUAUCAGCAUUUUUAGAAAAAAAUACCGAUGCUUUUCUCAGUCAUUUGAGAUUCUGUAGCAUUUAAUCUUAAUGACAAAUAUUAACAAAUAGCAGAGUAAGCUAUACAGUUUUUAGACAUUAUUAGAUUUGUAUGGAUAAGUACUGUAAAAGCAGAAAUUUUCUUAAGGGUUUAAAUUGCGCUAUAUUCGGGAGGCCCUACAUAUCGCAAAAAUUAAGCCCCAUGUAAAUAUUCACAAUCAGUAUAAUUCAGAUAUAAGUAGGAUACCAUUUUUACAAUUUCUUGAGUAUUAAACCUUGCAAGCAUACUCAAAAUUUCAAAUUCGCGAAAUUUUGACCUAGAGAAAAUAAUUAUAUGCUUUUACAGUUACUGUAUGCAGUUGUUCUGCACUAGACAUAAAGAAUGCAUUAUUGCUUGACGAAAGUACAUCUUGAUAUCUCUUGAUGCAAAGCUGAUAAUUUUAUUUUUUUUUGUACUCAUUUACACUUACAAAUAAUAUACAUUUCAUUAUUUAGUGCCCCAUGUGGUUCUGGGACGAUCUGUGUAUGGAAAGAACCACUUCUUUACCCUUGCAUGAUCGUACGAGGCGACUAAUAGGGUCUUAACACUUGGUUUUGCUGUAACUCUGUGAUUCCAGCAGGUAUGCAAAUUUUGAUUCCAUACCUCAUGUUUUUAUUUCGAUGUAAAUGAGAUGUGAAACCAAAAUUUGUAGUCCUGUUUGGCGCCAUAUAACCUAUCCUGUGUUGGUGUGUCGUAAAACCCAAAUAAAUAAACAAAUCGUUAUUUAGCAUUAUCCGAAGUGAAAAUAUCAAGGUUGAUGUCUGGAUUCCGCAAAUGAAAUUGCAGCACAUUGGUAUUACUUUACCACACAAUUGAUAUUACCAACGCCAUCCUUUGUUACUGGUUGAUCAUGGUGGAUAUACAGAUGUAGUCAGUAAGACUAUAAAAGUUAUGAACAAAAUGAUUUUUCUGUAAAUUUUACUGUUUUUAUCUUGCUUGUCUUUUUAACAUUCAAGGAAAAAUGAUUGUGCCAUUAUGUAAAACUGUAAUGAUUUAAUAGUUUUUGUCAUUCAGGUGCAGGUGCAUAUUAUACACUUAUUUUAGAAUUCAUGAUUUCUAUAUUUAUUAUACAGAAGUUUUUUCUGUAUUCAGUAAAACUUGAAUUAGAGUUGUGAUAAGGUUGUGCAUGUUUAUGUACCCAUUCAAAGUAGCAUGUUACAGUUGAAACUCGAUAUCUUGAACUUGCUUAUCUCAAAAUUCUAGCGAUAUCGAAUACAUUUUCAAGUCCUAUCCUGAAAACGUGCAGAAGAUGUCAUUUUACGUCAAAUUUUGGUUAUCUCGAAGUAAAACGCUCGAUCCCUCAGAAUCCUAGAUUCAGAGUUUCAACUGUAUUUUUAGUACAAGCAAAACUUUGUAAAUGUUCACGUUUUAUUUGAUAAAUAGAAAUGUGUUUUAGUCAAGGUAUAUAUACGUUGGGACAUCGUUCUGGUUUAUAAUCUAGUCUGGAAAUUAUGCAUUUUUGAUCUUUAGCUAUGCAUUUAAUAUAAAAGUCAUUUCCAAGCCGUCCAAUUCUGUUUUGAAAUCUUAUUAUUUAUGUAAUUAAUCCUUUCUUAUUUGUCUUUAUUAUUGUAUAGCCAGAUUGUAUAAUUUUUAGCUUGACUAUACCAAGUAUAUGGAGAGCUAUCCUACUCGCGUUGGCGUCUGCGUCUUUCCGCGUCCCCACCUUGGUUAAAGUUUUUUUUACACUUUCUCUUUUUUCUCCUUAUCUCUGUAAUUUCUUGAUGGAUUUGCUUUAAACUUGAUAGUUAUUCCUCAUCAUGACCAACAUCAUAUGGCAUAAGGGCUAUAACUCUCACACCAAUAUUUCAUGAAAUAUCCCCCCUUUUUACUUAGAAUUUCAGGUUAAAGUUUUGCACUUUCACUCUAUCUCAGUUAUUCCUAAAUGGAUUUGAUUCAACCUGAAAGUAGUUGUUCCACAUCAUCUCCCAAAUCAUAUGACACAAGGCCCACAACUCUGUACCAAUAUUUAAUGAAUUAUCCUCCCUUUAACUUACAGUUUCAGGUUAAAGUUUUGAUGCACUUUCACUUUAUCUCAGUUAUUACAAAAUGGAUUUGAUUCAAACUUGAAGUAGUUGUGCAACAUCAUCACCCACAUCAUAUGACACAAGGUGCAUAACUCUUUCACCAAUAUUUUAUGAAUUAUGCCCCCCUUUUUGCUUAGAAUUAUACUUGUCUUUACCUCUCUUAUUACUUAAUAUUUUUGACACAUACUCAAGCUAUUGUGCAAUAUCUUCAUCCACCGUUGGAGUCAUUAAACACUUGGACAGUGACAGCUCCAGUUUCCUCAGAUGUGCCUAGUUUCACUAUCCAGCAUCAGAAUAGUCGAGCGCACUGUCUCCUGUGACAGCUGUUGUUUUUUUGUGGGGGAGGAGGGUGUAUGUUCCCUGUUUAACAUACUACUGUAACAUUUAUCAAUGUUUUUGCUAAAGAUAACAUGUAUAAGAUAUAUCAAUGAUUACAGUUUAAACUAAAAGAUAAGAGGAAUGUAAAAUGUGUUUGUUCACUGGGAUCUGAUUUUCUUUGAUUAAUGUAACAAGGAAACCCACCAAUAUUAGUCUCCCACAAACAUUUAAUGAUUUCACAUUACUGGAUAGAUAUAAUACCACCUUUUGACUGACUUCAUUGUGCAACCUAUAAAGUACCAGUUUUUAUGCCCCCAAAGGGAGGCAUAUAAUUUUUGAACCAUCUGUCUGUCUGCUGGUCUGUCCGCAUUUUUCGUGUCCGGUCCAUAUCUUUGUCAUCGAUGGAUGGAUUUUCAAAUAACUUGGCAUGAAUGUGUACCACGGUAAGACGACGUGUCGCGCGCAAGACCCAGGUCCGUUGCUCAAAGGUCAAGGUCACACUUAGACAUUAAAGGAUUGUGCAUUGAUGGGCGAGUGUGGUCCAUAUCUUUGUCAUCGAUGGAUGGAUUUUCAAAUAACUUGGCAUGAAUGUGUACCACAGUAAGACGACAUGUCACGCGCAAGACCCAGGUCCGUACCUCAAAGGUCAAGGUCACACUUAGACAUUAAGGGAUAGUGCAUUGAUGGGCGUGUCCGGUCCAUAUCUUUGUCAUCGAUGGAUGGAUUUUCAAAUAACUUGGCAUGAAUGUGUACCACAGUAAGACGACGUGUCACGCGCAAGACCCAGGUCCGUAGCUCAAAGGUCAAGGUCACACUUAGACGUUAAAGGUCAUUAUUCAUGAUAGUGCAUUGAUGGGCAUGUCCGGUCCAUAUCUUUGUCAUUCAUGCAUGGAUUUUAAAAUAACUACGCAUGAAUGUGUGACACAGUAAGACGACCUGUCGCGCGCAAGUCACCCAGCUCCGUAGGUCAAAGGUCCUAAACUCUAACAUCGGCCAUAACUAUUCAUUUAAAGUGCCAUCGGGGGCAUUUGUCAUUUUAUGGAGACAGCUCUUGUUCAUUCUUUUUUUUCCUGGUACUUCGCUCGGGAAAACUGGUUAGAUUAACUGCCUGCCGGAAAUACAGUUGAAAAAUGACAUGAAGACAAAACGAAGAUAUAAAACCAUUAGGCUUCUUAAACAUUUUGGACUGUCAAGUCAAAGCAGCCUCGUACAUUUUUAGUUUCUGGUACAGGAUAUAUUUGUGAACAUAUGAAAUCUAUAAGGAGGUCUUUUGGAAGCAAAGAGCACAACCUAGUGAAAUAAUAGCCAACUGUAUGAGUCUGUUGAUAGUUUGUUUUUGUAUGAAAUGUUUAACCAAAAGUAUUUAAGUAAAAGCAGGUAAAUAAAUCAUGUAACUGUUUACUUAAAAAGAUGUUAUAUAAUUGUUUUUAGCACUGAUGUUGUACUUGUUAUUUGCACUACAUGUAGUUGUAGAACAUUUGACACUUGCUUUGACUUCCCAGUAAACAUCGGUAUAUCGGACCAAUAUUGGCAAACCAAUAUCUAUUUAUGAUAUUAGUCAGAUAUUCAGCCAGUAUCUGACAUCAUCAUCUAAUCACUAUUGGAAUCAGUAUUGGACCAAGACCAAUAUUAGGUGAACUUUGCAAUAUAGGUCUGUUAUUUUGCCCGAUAUAUAAUGCUUGCUGGGUUUAGCUGUUUCCAGGUAAAGAUACCUGAUAAUUGUGUGACAUAUAUAACUUACCUUAUAUAUCUCUUUUGUUUCUCAUCUACAACAACACUCACCAACAUAUAAAAUCAUUGCAAACAGCAUAGAAUAUAUGAAUGUGUUAAAAGAAUUUAACAAAAGACUUGCCUGUAACUUCAUAGGAUAGAAGUGUGGGAAUGAGAUUAAACGGGUUUGAAAGGUUAUUGUGCAAUAGAUUUAAUUGAUAAUCUUGAGCUGAAUUCUGUAGAGGUUUUACAAUUCAAAUUUUGUCAGAAUAAAGUUAUUCAAAGUCAGCUGACCCAUUGGAAAUAUUUUAUACUAUUUUUGACAUCGAAAAAGUUUUAAUCUCCGGUCACAAGAUGGUAACUUCAUUGUCUUUAUUUUUCUAUAAAAAGAGAUCACUUGCCGGCACCACUGUGGGUUCGAUCUCUGAUAAAUGUGUAUGGAAGCCACUCUACCUAAGAAAGGUCAGUAGUUCUACCCAGGUCACCCCGUGCAUAAAUUAAUGACUGAAGAACAUCUGGGGUCUUCUCCCACACAAUAAAAUUGAAAAAUUAGAAUAUGACUUUAAUUAUGUAGCGAUUAAAUAUAAUCCAAUAAGUCAAUUAAUACUCAGUCUGUAAAAAAGAAAUGUUCGGACUUAUUCAAUUUCUUUUCGUUAACCAUUUUCUCUUGAUAAUGGAAUGCAUUUUUAGUGCUGAUGUAGCAUCAAAACUGGGACCAUUGUGUUAAAAAUGAGAAUGUCAGCAUUUUUAUUGGACCCCUUUUUGUAAUGUAUCUUAUUUAAAAAAAAAAUGUGUUUCAACCACCCGCAGCGAAGUUCUUUUAUGUAUUGAUAUAUAAUGUUAUUUCUGUGUAUUCUCGAUGUAAAAUGUUUUUAUACUUGUAUGCACCUUCUUUAGUGAAUAAAAUAUGUAUUAAUUUAUUAAACACUUUAUAAUAGCAUGUGCUUUGUAAGCAAAACCCUUGCUGACAUAUAUAAUGUGUACUUAGAAAUUUUAUUUUGUGUAAUUGUAGUUAAUGACAUAUUAAAAUUAUUUUAGUGUGUGUAAUUUUAUGGAGUUUUAAUUGAUUUAAGAUCUGAGUCUUUUUAAUUGUAGAACAGUUAUGUUUAGUUUAAAUCUCUUGUUAGCUUGAUUUUGAUUAUAAUUACUCAUUAUUAUGUUGUUAUAUACACUCUUUAGAACUACAUAUUUGUAUUAACUCUUUACGGUGCUAAUAAAAUUGUAUGGUAUCCAAA